AUGGAAGGUGAGCCUUCAAAGAGACCUAGUCACACCAAGUCAUCCGCCCACCAUCGUAGGCCUCCAUCCCCGUCCCCAUCACCACCACCUAACCCAGCUCAUGGUGGUGUAGUGUGUCUUGGUCCAAUUCAAGAGGCCAAACUGGAAGCAUUCCUCCAGCAUAAUCACACUAUACAAAAAUUCGCGCACGUGCCAUCCCUCCGUGAGUUGCACAUUUAUAAGCAAGUCCACACCAGCUACAAAGUUCCAACAACUGAGUUUCUGUCCUCGGUCUAUUUGGACCAUGGGGUCCUCAACUUCCGCCUCAUUCACCAUGACUACGCCAUUUCCUUGGAUCAAAUCAACGCUAUAGUUGGGGCCCUAACUGAAAACACAUCUGGCCCCAAUGACCCAAUUGAAGACUAUAGCGAUCUGUUCUGGUGGACCCACCUCACCCAUCUGCAUCCAUAUGUCUCCAGCGCGGAUAAAGCCUCAUCACUCAUCCAUCCCAUGAUGAAGGUGGCCCACCGAAUCAUUACUUCACUCGUCAUCCCUAGAGAGGAGCGAAGCACCAUUAGCGUGCUGGAGCUAAAAAUCCUCUACGCAAUGGCCAACUCAGAAAAACAAAUUGUACCUCAUUAUGGCCAAUUUCUGUGCAACAAACUCCUCCGCCUGAGCACAUCCCGAUCGGGAAAAAUUUAUUGUGGGGGUAUAGUCAGCAUGCUCGCCAAGAGCGCCCCGGUCCGAGCCCCAUAUCCCGCUGACCACCAGCCACUGCAGGGUGAGCCUUAUCUUACCACAGUUGUUCUUGAGUCCACGCGACUAUUCCAUUCGGCAGCGGAUGGCACCCACCACUGGAUCAUGGGCCAAAAUCAUGACCCGAAGCUCCUCAUUACACCAUAA